GCGGUGGCGGGGCAGUGACAGCGGGCCUGCGGGUCCCUCUCUGCUCCGGGCGCACUUGGGGUCUGCUGUCGCCUGGCCUUAAAGAUCCCGGGCGGUCCUGCCAGAGCCUCUGUCCAGCUGUGAUCGGCCCCGGUUGUGGAAGGACUCAGGGAGACCCAGGAAAUCUAGAAAUGGACUCAGUGUCUUUUGAGGAUGUGGCUGUGAACUUCAGUCUGGAGGAGUGGGCCUUACUGGAUCCUUCACAGAAGAAACUCUACAGAGAGGUGAUGCUGGAAACCUUCAGAAACCUGGUUUCAAUAGGUAAAAAAUGGGAAGAUGUUGAUAUGGAAGAUCAGUAUAAAAACCCAGGGAGAAAUUUUCAGUGUUUUGAAAAACAUGAACAAAAUCACAACGUUGAGAAACCUUAUAAAUGUGAGGAAUGUGGGAAAACCUUCAUGUGGCUCAAAGCCCUCCAAAGACACAUGAUCACACACACUGUCGAUGCUCCUUAUAAAUGUAAGGUUUGUGGGAAAACCUUUAGUUCUUCAGCUGCACUGCAAAUAUGUGAGAGAACCCACACAGGAGAGAAGCCCUAUCAAUGUAAACACUGUGGGAAAGCCUUCAGAUGUUAUAAAAGUUUUCAGAGACAUGAAAGAAAUCACACUGAAGAGAAACCCUAUCUGUGCCAAAAAUGCGGUAAGGCAUUCAUGUAUCCCAGUUACCUUCGAAUACACGAAGCAACUCACACUGAAGAGAAACCCUAUGAAUGUCAGGAAUGCGGAAAGGCCUUCCGAUCUUACAGUGCCUUACAACCACACAGAAGAACUCACGAAGGAGAGAAACCCUAUGAAUGUAAGGAAUGUGGAAAGGCCUUCAGUAAUUACAGGUCCUUACAAAUACAUGAAAGGUCUCACACUGGAGAGAAACCCUUUGAGUGCAAGCAUUGUGGUAAAGCAUUCAGCGCUCCCAAUUACCUUCGAAAACAUGGAAGAACUCAUAUUGCAGAAAAACGGUAUAAAUGUAAAGAAUGUGAAAAAGCCUUUAGAUUUUUCCAAUUCCUUACAAACACAUGAAAGGACGCACACAGGAGAGAAACCCUAUGGAUGUAAAGAAUGUGGAAAAGCCUUCAGAUCUUCUGGUAA